AUGGGCCAAAAGAUUACAAACAAGGCCUACAUUUCCAACAAUGUCGCGCUUGGUUUCGAGGAUUUUAAAGCAGAGCACCCGUCUAUCGUCUUUUCUCUUAAAGACAAUCCUAUAAAGGGCUACAGUGAUGCUUUGUUUGCUGCUUAUGUUGUUCUUGCUACUGCUUAUUUGAACCACAUUGUAGAAAACUCUCAAAGAAGAGUUUUAUAUUACUUGACUGUCAGACUUGCUAUCAUUUAUCAGGAUAAGCCCAAAGGACUUCUGUACAAGUUGGCUGACGACUUUUCACAGAUACUUCAUAUAUGCAAUGGUUUACAAGCUAAGCUUUCCAUACCGCCUACUGUCAAGUACCUUGCCGCUUCUCCAGCAAAAUUCGUGCCUGGUUUGGCUGUUAUAAUAUCUGAACUUGAAGAACUUUGUAACGAGAGCAAAGACGAUAAAGCAAAAAUGCCUAGACGCUUUUCGUUAAUGUCCACGCCGUCUAUGCAUUGGCGAUAUAUUUCUAUAAAUGCAAAGGCGUUGCAAGCAAUUACAAAACACAAGAGCGAUGGCACUUAUGAAGGCAGCGUAAACUUGUUUUAUUCGAUUUUUAACUUCAAGAAGUUUGGCUACGACAGCCUGGGCAAAGUUCUUGAGAGUCAAAAUAAAUUUAUCCACUUUAUUCAAACAGAUGGCUUUGAUGCAUGCUUCGUAUUUUCAAGAGAGGCAAUGCUACAAUGGUGCAAAAAGAAGAGCAUGCCAAAUAGAGAAGUUCAAACUAAGGGCUGA